AUGUCAACACACAAUCACACUCUCACGCACUUUCUUCUCUUUCUUUUCUUCUUCUUCGCUUUCACCGCAACAGCAACCGCAGCAGGCGGAAGGAAGCUCCGUUUCGACAUGUCAAGCGGCGGUGCACCGUCGUCCGGAACCCCCACGGGAGCCACUGGUUCCGGCCAUGGUGCAAACUGGGAUUACAGCUGGGGGUGGGGCUCAGGACCCAGCACUGGGUAUGGGUUCGGGUCAGGUUCCGGUCGGUCCCCAACUGGCUUUGCUAGAGGUUAUGGAUAUGGAUAUGGAUCCGGUUCUGGGUCUGGGUCUGGCUAUGGAUAUGGAUCCGGUAGUGGUGGUGCUCGCGGCGGUGGUUAUGGGUCUGGAAAUGGCUCGGGGAAUUCUGGUGGCGGCGGCUAUGGUGGAGGAAAUGGUGGCGGUGAUAAUAAUCGGUUGCCAUAUGCAUCUAGGGGCAAAAACAACCAUGGGUAA